CAUUCCAUUUCACAUGUCUUGUUUCAUCGUGCGUUCCGUUAUUGGUUGAUAAAACAAUGAAUAGAAAGAACGCCUAAUAAUUUAAAUUAAAAGUUUAGAAUAAAAUGAAUAAAAAACAUAUAUUUAUUGGAUUUUUAUCGUUAUUGUUGUUAUUAACGGCAAUAUUUGUAGCCAUCUUUUUAACGUUACAUUUCAACAGUAAUAAAAAAAUUAUAAUGGGACCAAAAAUUUUAAUAGAUCACGACGGUGGCGCCGAUGACGCUAUGGCCAUAUUUAUUGCACUAUUAAAUGAAAAAUUCUUUAAUGGGCCUACUGUGAUCGGGUUGACGACCACUUUUGGAAACGUUGACGAAGACCAAUCAUUUAUCAAUAGCCAAAGAAUAUUAAAUAUUAUAAAUAGAACAGACAUACCAAUAUAUAGAGGAUCUAAACAACCAUUGAUUUAUGGAAUAGAAACAGACCGUUUCUUUGGUAAUGACGGACUUGGAGAUAUUGAACAUGAAGAAUUUAAGAGACUGAACCCAGAAAAGAAGCACGCUGUAUUAGCACUUAUAGAAUUAUCUAAACUGUAUGAAGGUGAUCUCACAGUUGUUGCGAUUGGUUCUAUAACGAACAUAGCUCUGGCAAUACAAUUGGAUCCUGGCUUCAUUGGCAGACUCUCUCAUCUUUAUGUUGGUGCUGGACACGUUUAUAGUGAAAAUUCGACUGAAGCCGAAUUUAAUGCAGCCAUGGACCCGGAGUCGUAUUUUAUUAUUUCCCAAAAUGCUGACCCAGAAAAGGUUACCGUAAUCCCAUUCUCAGAAAUAAAAACUUCUCUUACUACUACCAAGGAAUGGCGCGUAUCAGUCCUGGGUUCAAUACCAACAAAAACAAUGCAGGUCUUAAACGAGUACGAGAGAAUUUCCUCAGCGAAUAGUACGCACUGGGUGAUGUUGGAUCCAGCCGUUAUGAGUAUUGCAAUGGCCAGGGACUUGGUGGAAGAAAUCAAGUACUCAAAUAACAGUAUUAUAUUAUGUGGUAAUGACAGAGGAAUCAAUACAAACGAAUAUGACCUGAGCCCAAUUAACGCCAACGUCCAGUUAGUUUUUUCAUCAAAUAAAGAAGUGUACCAAUCAUUCUUAAUAGACAUCUUCUCCGCUGAAAUGAAUCAAACAGCAUAAGUGACAAGUUCCACAACGCUGUGGUAGACUCGUUACUUCGCGUUACCAGGUCCAGGGUUCCAUUCCUGUUCGUGGCAAUUUAGAUGUUUUUUAAUCACUCUGACUUGGUAUUAUGGUGUAAUAAUAAUAAUAACUACUUAU